AUGUCUCAACAGUUCUUAUACUUGUGCCGCUACCCCUACCUGGACCUGACCCCAUCUACAGAUGAACCGCUGGUUUCCUUUCACGGAGAAGAAGGGGGGGGCCCCCCGGGGCCCCCCCCUCUUAGAUCCGCUGAAGGCUGCAGUGGACAGCCCCCGGGGACUUGCCGUCUAAGGGAACUGCUGCAGGCACGACUGCAAUCGCCAGACGCAUUUGCUGUCUCUGAGGCGAGAUCCGCCGUGGCCGUCGCCUUUGCGCUGAACGGCUGCACUGUUUGCGGCUGCUGGUGCAGCAGCAUCAGCAGCUGCAAGGAAUCAUGGAAUGCGGAAGACGCCCAUCAAAACCCCAAAAGACCAGCAGAGCCACCAGCAGCCGACUCCGACAGCUCCUUCUCAGCAGAUUCUUCCAGCUGCAACAACGGGAGGCACAUUUGCAUCUUCGUGAUCGAUGCCAUGACUCGCCGUGCAGUCUGCGGUUGGCGCCUAAUGGGUGGGUCACCUUCUAGGGACAGCAGCAGUGCCCUAAAACGCUCGGCGCGCUGCACCCGUUGUGGAGAAGGCCCCUCAAAGGCUUCUUCCACGACGGGUUUAGGUCUGAGCUGCAUGCAGUUCGCAGCUGGGGACGCCUUCUUGUGCCUUAGAGACGACGUGACAAGACGUUUCUGGAUGCUGGACCUUCAGCAGGAGCAGGCACAUUACCACAGCUGGUGGCAGCCUCGUGAUGCGCUGAUUGCUGCCGUUUUCUCGGUGAAAUCUACCGCGGGUGUUUCUGGAGCUGCAGCAGAAGUAGAGCCAGCCGUGAAAAGCCUUAUUGGACAGCCCUCCCUGGGGAAAGCGGCCGAUAUCUCCCAUGCCGGAGCGCCAUCUGCAGAAGGCCCUGAACAUGAACUGGUUCUGCUGCAUGCGCAUGCGAAUGAAGGAAGAAGCGACCUCUCAGCGGCGGGUGUCUCCCAGGGGACCUGGACCGCCCCUUGCAGUGGGCCUUCCUGCACCAGUUCGGGGCCCUUUACGUUGGCGCUGGAGCCGCUGGAAUUCAUCGACAGCAGCGGCAACGCUUCUCCGAAGAGCAGCGGCACAUGCUGCUGCAUGCGUCUUCUGCCGCCGCUGCUCGCAGUGGCUCCGUGGACGUACACCUUCACAGCGGCGCUGCAGCAGAAGGGGCGGGAGCCUGUGCUGGUGUCCACAAGCACGGGACCGCACUGGCAGAAGAAUCAGCUGCCAAAGGCCCCUCGAGGGCCCCCUGCUGCCUGUGGGCGGGAGCGGUGUGAGCAGAAGCAGAAGCAGAUGCAGAUGCAGCAGCAGCAGCAGCAACAACAUCGGCAGCAAAGGGAGUCGGUGUCAGCAGCAGCAGCAGUGUGUGUGCUCUGCCGUCCGGCGGCUGCUGCAGCUGCUGCGGGUCUGCAGCAGCUUUGGGGGUGUGGCUUCCGCUUCGUCGUGUGGCCUCCCUUAGUGGGUGCUGCAGCCGCUGUUGCUACUGGAGUGCCGCUGCUCGCAGGCGCUGCUGCGGCUGAAGGCCCCUGCCUUGUUGGCACUGACCUGGCCGCUCUGUUGGUGAGGCGCAGCACCGCUGCAAAUAUUCAGGCAGCAGCAGCAGCGGAACGCAUUGCAGUCGCGUGCUGCGAUGGUGCUGCUGCACUGCAGCAGCAACAGCAGAAGCAAGCGCAGCAGCCACGGCGGUCAGGUGAAGCUCCUCCUGGUGAGCCUGCACAGCCUGCAGCAAUGCCGACACAGCUCGCAUCAGCGGCUUCGGCAGCAGAUCGCGGCAGCUACUUCAGCACGGCAGCAGAAACUCGUGCGCUACUUCUGCGGUCGGCUCUCCCCCUCUCCCGGCCUGCUGCUUCCUCCUUGAGGCUCCUCUUAGGGCAGCAGCUGACGCUGCUGCACCUGCGGGGGUUCUACAGGCGGCUGCUGCAGCAGGCACCCCAAAUCGAGAGGCCUCUGCUGCUGUGCCCAGAGGCGGCAGCGGCAGCUGCAGACGGCAGCAGCUAUUGUAUUGCCUGCCAAAGCCACGCAGCGGCGCAGCAAGAGCUUGUGGUUGCUGCGCACACGAUGGAUGAUCGGCUGCAAGUGCGACAGUACACCAGCAGCAGCAGCAGCAGCAGCAGCGCGUGUACUGAGGUCGUGUGUGUUGUUGAUUUCAGCAAGGCCCCUGUGGUAGAAAUGCCCGCUGCUGCCCUCACAGCACUGAAACUACCAUCUAGAGGGCCUUCUAAGGGUCUCGUAGGGGUAGAUUCCGCGUGCGAGCCGUCUAGUAGCCUCCUUGUUGCUCAUUGUGACGGCCAUGGGCUGCACGUGCUGCUGCAGCUACACGGGGGGGGGUGGGGUCUUGCAUGGCUGGUGUACAGGCAGCAGCAGCAACAACAGCGGCAGAAGGGGAAGCCGCUACAGCCGCAGCAGAAUUGGAGUGUACAGGCUGCAGUGCGCAUUCCGAAUGCUCCGUGCCUUUUGUUUGCUGCCUUUGGAAGGGAGUUUUGCGGCACGAAACUCGUGGCUUUGGCAUCUGCAGAGGGUGGACCCGUGCUCCUGCUAGACUGGUUUCGUCUCCUUACACCCGAAUGCCUGCAGCAACGGCAGCAGCAAGCUGCUGUUGCAGAAAUAACGUUCUGGCCACCCUAUGGCGCCCUGAUUCUUCAUCUGAAACAUCGCGUUGGCGGCAGCAACAACAACAGCGGAUGUGGCAGCAGUGGUGCAGAAGGCGGAUCAUUUUCCGCAGCAGAAACACGAUCUGCAAGAGGAGCACCCCUCUUACGGGUUCUGCUCCCUGGCUGGUGCAGAUGCGGUGACAAGGCAGCCUGUGUGCCUUCCAUGGCCCCUGAUGGACCGCGAAAUAAAAUAUUCAAUCUAGGGCAUGAGUCGUAUGCUCAGAUCUGGCGUUCCUCUUGGCCACGCGCCGCUGACUGUCUAGUAAGAAGCAGGACUCAUUUUGUAAUGCGUUUGAGGAGCUCCCGCGGUGCUCCUGAGAAGUCCUCGUUGAACCCCCUGGUUCUGGUGCCGGUCUGCUCGCCCCUUCUCAUGGGGUGUCAAGCCUUCAGUGCUACGGCCGAUCAGCAGUAUCGGGCAAUGCAGCAGCGCUGGGAAGAGGCGAUAUGGCAGCAGCAGCAACAACAACAACAGUGCAAGGCGGACGGCAAAGUGCCUGGCAGUGGAGGUCCUUCAGGUGCCAGGGAUGUCGCUGUAGACAGCACUGCCGUCGAUCCCCGAGGCCCCACCCCUGCAGGGAGUCUUUGCAAAGAGACGCCUCUGGAGGGCCCUUUAGGGCUUUGUGAGGAGACGGAUGCCUUGUGGGAACUGCCCCAGACCCGCGUGUCUCUCAGAGAUGAGCUAUUUGGGUGUUGUAGUGACACGCCAAGCAGCAGCAGUUGUAAGACUCCCAGCGGCGAGGGGAGAGUAGUGUGGCUUGGCGGCGAUGGCCAGUGGUCUGUAAGGGCCCUGGGGACCCCCGCUCUGGGCGCGUGGGUGCAUGCAGUUGCUUCUGCUACUACAACUCAGGACUGA